CGCAUCGUACAAAGUGUAAAGCGGAACUUCUUAACAAUGGACCUCCGCGUCAACAUGGACAACUACAAGCAACCGGCUACCAUUUCCAAUGAAGAGUAUCCCUCUUCCGAAAGCAGUGCAGAAGUAGGCCCUCUAAAGAAACGAAGCAUUUCGAAGGAUACCGCUUUAUCGAAGGCCUUUUCGGCUACCAAGGAGCUUUCCGAAUACCCUGCCAAAAAGAACCGAAAGGCGGAAGCGGAACUUACGCUAGCCCUACGCGCGUUAUCCCCGGUAGACAAUGCGGACUAUUCUCUGGCCUUGGCAAGGUGUCCAGAAUUGGUACAGAGCGAGUCCAAACCACUCCACUUCUUGCGCCGCGAGAAAUACGACGUUCCUUCCACGGCUCGCCGUCUCGCGAAUUACUGGACUCGGAGACGCUCCACGUUUGGUGAACGAGCCUUCCUACCUCUACACGAGCUCUCGGGAGAAGGCGCUCUCACCGCGGAAGACGUCGAGAACCUCUCAUCGGGUCUCGUUGUCAAAUUGCCCGAUGAUAAGUGGGGUAGAACCGUACUGUGCAUGGAUCGUGCGCGUUCCGAAUCUCCAGAUCUUAACAUCAAGGAGAGCCGUUUGCGAUGUCUCUUUUACUGGUUCAGUAUGGCAGCGCAGUCAUCCAAGGCUCAGACAGACGGUGUUGUCGUUCUCCGUCUCCUCAACAAGGCCAACAUCGAUCGCGUUGAAUUGCAACGGGUACUACACUUUGCCAGCGAUGCCUUGCCCCUCUUUCGAGACG